UCUUCUCUACAAACCAUAGCAAAGAUGGCUGGAAACAUGAAAAUCUCUGUGUUGGCUCUUCUCAUUGUUUACGGACUAGCCUUGAAUGAGGAGAACUACCAUCACUAUGGUGUUAAUGCCGAUUGCCCAACUAGUAAUUUGUCGGAUGCUGACUCCAUGACUUGCAAAGGGGACAAGACAAACCACCACCCGCCUAAGUAUAAUUGUUGUGAUGUUACUAAUCAGCAUUGCAUCUUUCGUAACUCUGCUACUAAUGUUUGUUGCCCAACUACAAAUUGUGUGGGAGGUUAUUACACGAUUUAUCGAUGGGAUGAAGAAAGCCACCAAACGUCCAAGUGUAGUGGUUGUGAUGUUACUAAUCAGCAUUGCACCUUUCGUAACUGUGAUGCUUAUGCCGAUUGCCACACUAGUAAUUGCAUGAAGACCGACUACAUGACUUGUAAAGGGGACGAGACAAGUCACUGCCUACGGAAGUGUAGUUGUGAUGUUAGUAAUCAGCAUUGCAUCAAUUGUCACUAUUCUGCGAAUGCUUGUUGCCUAACUACCAAAUGUGUGGAGGCUUACUAUACGACUUGUGGAGGAAAUGAAACAAAUCAGCCCCCACCUAAGUGCAGUUGUUGUAAUGUUAUUAAUCAGCAUUGCAGCUUUUGUAAAAAGGAUGGAUCUAUAGGGGAGGUUUGCAAUACCUAAAAUGGGAUCUUAGAUUAUGCUAUGUACUACAAUGUAGCUCUCGUGAUUUACAAUAAUGAAAACCAGUUGGGCCCUCUAUAAGCAGGGUCUUUAUUGUUUUCUCCCCACUGCA